AUGAAGAAGUUCACGUUCAAGGGGGUGCUGGACGGGUUCCGCAGCUCCGUACAGGCGGCGCCGCGCGGCAACGAGCAGGAGAUACAGGAGACGCUGCGGCCUGAUCACUUCCAGAUCAAAAAGAUCUUUGCAGUAAAUUGUUUUGCAAUCUCCCUUAAAGGAAUGAAAGAUCUCGUAAGAUACGGUUCAGAUCGUUUGAUCUUGAAGCUUUCAGAAGUUUCAUCCAAUAUUUACCCUCUUAAUUAUAUAUCUAAGCCAAUUUUGGAUAUACUG